AUGAGUGAAUCGUGGACUUACAACACCCCGCCGGGGACGCCGUCCACGGGGCCCCAGAUUACGGCUAUCGCGUUGGUGUUUACGGCGUUGUCACUGAUCAUCAUGAUGUUGCGGUUAUACGUCCGUGUGGUCAUGCUAAAGGCCGCUGGUUCAGAUGACUGGGUCAUCUUUGUUACGUGGUUUGCCGCUUGUGGUUUCGCAAUUGUCAGCACUAUUCAAACGAAAUGGGGCCUUGGCCUCGAGAAAUUGGAGGACAUGCCUCUGGAGAACCUCUACAACUUUGGUCUACUACAAUACGCCGGCGCUCCUUUCUACAUCAGCAGUAUUCUCGGCUUCAAGAUCAGCUUGCUUCUCUCAUAUCUCCGCUUCAUCCCGAAGGGUCCCUACAGAUGGGCAAGAUUCGUCACGAUUGGUCUCUGUGUUGCGUACCACCUUGCCUUCUUGCUCGUGCAGAUAAAUCUGUGCACGCCUUACAAACCAGACAUUGACAAUGAACAGAUCGCGAAGCAAUGGGACCCAACAAUCACCAACGGCUCCUGCAUUCCGGGAGUCCCCUUCUACACCAGCAUGGCGUCUCUGACGAUUGCGUUUGACGUUAUUGUCAUGUUCCUCCCUUUCCCCGUCCUCGCCUCCUCCAAGAUCCAAAAGCGCAAGAAGUUCGUCCUUCUCGGACUCUUCGGCCUCGGCGCCUUCAUCACCGUGAUCCAAAUCAUCCGAAUCCAAACCGUCCACGCCCUCGCGAACUACCUCGACUCCUCGCCCCUCAUCAUGUGGUCGGCAAUCGAAAACAACCUCGGCAUCAUCGUCUGCUGCAUCCCCACCCUCGCGCCCCUGGUCAAAUACUUCAACGAAAAGAGCAGGUCCGGGAGUCGAAGCAACAAGUACGGUGGUGCGAGCGGCUACGGAAAGACGGGACAGAGCGGCAACGUUGGAAGCAGGUACGCGCUACAGAGCUGGCGGCCUGGCAUGAGCGGUAUGCAGCCGCUCGGCAGCGGGAUCGAUCACAGCGAUCGGGAUAUUGGGGUCCAGAGUUCAAGGAUAGGAAAGGGUUCGGAUGACGGCAGUGCCGAUUAUCAUCUUGAUGCGCCGGUUAUUGUCAAGAAGACGGAGUUUGUGGUUACGAGCAAUCCUAGGGAGCCAGGGGAGGCUGUUUGA